AUGAGGCAUUUGGGGACAUCGCGCAACGCUGUCCUCGUGGCGCUGCUCUUUGGUGCAUCUACAUUUCUGCAGGGCUGCGAUGACGACCAGGAGGAGGAGCCGAUCAAGGAGCCGCCCGUGGCAGCCAAGGACAAGCACCAGGUAGAGGAUCUGGAGGGCGCAGACGAAGACAGUCGUGGGAAGCAAAGCGCCUUGGACAGGGUGCCAAUUGUAGAGCGCGAGCAGCACGAAGCUCACGAACACGCCUGGGGAUUUGGCCGUUCUUCAAGUCGAUCAGGAGGGCCUGCCACACAGCUGGUUCUGGUCAACGCCAGUAGCGUCAAGCGUGAUGCUCUGCCUGGCAAGGGCGACAAGCUGUUAGACCAUGAGCGUGCCUACGAGCGAGCGCUGAUGUCGGGGACCGGGGCGGGUAGACAGGUGCACAUGCUGGCGGCCGAGCAACACCUGCAGGACUACUACCAGCACACUUCCACAACUACCACGACCACGACGACUACAACUACAACUACAACCACUGCAGCCAUUGAACAGUCUGAUGCCGAGAACAGUUUAGCUGAAAAAACAACAACAAAAUCCACGACCACAACUACAACAGCCACAACAACAACCACGACUCCGGACGAUGAGGUGUUUCUUCCAAAAGAACCUGCUAGCAAGGUUGGCGAAAGCAAGGCUCCGGCCGCCAAAAAAAUCGUGAACAUCUCAGAGCCGCCACAGCUUGUGACGGACGAGCUGAAGGUUGAGAGAUCCCCGAAGCUUGCGCCACAGGAAUGGAGGCAGAAAGUGCUCCAAGAGGCAAAGCACGCUGCACCUCCGGUGGUAAGUCCUUUCGCACAAGCAGCAGCAGCAGGCGGUGAGGAAAAUCCCGCGGCCACGGAGAAAACCAGUGUAUCUGUAGCUUCCACAGAGAGCACGACGACGAGCACGACACCAGUGAGUACAACGACGGAAGCCUCCACCACCACUGCCACCACCAAGAGCACCACUACAGAGAGUACUACCACCCAGCCCUCUAUCACCCAGGCUUCUACCACCCAGGCUUCUACCACCCAGGCUUCUACCACCCAGGCUGCUACCACCCAG